GGAGUAUCGGGUUAGGUCUCACGCACUCGAGCCCGCGAUAACCCCACCAAGACGUAGUUCCUUCACUUCCGAGUCUCCUCAAUUACUUCCUACUAUUCUCUGAUUCAACAGAAGAUCAUGUCUGCCUCGCUUUCGCUGUCGUCCACCAUCAAGCUCUCCUCCGGCCAUGCCAUCCCCGUCAUCGGAUUCGGCGUGUACCAUGGCAAUGGCGAGGCCGUUGCCCACGCUCUCCGAGCUGGUUAUCGAUUGAUCGACACCGCCGACUUCUACAACAACGAAGGCGACUGCGGCAAAGCGGUCCGCGACUUCAUGGCCGAAACCGGCACCCCCCGCUCGGCCAUCUUCUACACCACCAAACUGUGGAACAACAACCACGGCUACACCCUCACCGCAAAGGCCAUCGACGAGGCAAUCGCCCGCGCAGGCAUCGACUACAUCGACCUCUACCUCAUCCACUCGCCCCUGACCUCAUCCGAGCUCCGCCUCGGCAGCUGGAAAGCAAUGCAGGACGCCGUCGACGCCGGCAAGAUCAAGUCGAUCGGCGUCUCAAACUACGGCGUCCACCAUCUCGAAGAACUCUUCACCUGGGACGGCUUCCGCAUUCCCCCCGCAGUCAACCAGGUCGAGCUCCACCCGUGGCUCGCGCGCAAGGACCUCGUCGACUACUGCCGCUCAAAGGGCAUCCUCAUGGAAGCCUACUGCCCUGUCACCCGCGGCGUGCGGUUCGGCGAACCGGCGGUGGUUGAGCUGGCCGCCAAGCACGGCGUCACGCCCGCGCAGGUCUUGAUCCGCUGGAGCAUGCAGAUGGGCUUCGUCCCGCUGCCAAAGUCGAACCACGAGGAGCGGAUUAAGGUCAACCUCGACGUGUUUGGUUUCGACCUCGACGAGGACGAUAUGCAUAAGUUGGAUACCGGCAAGUACGAGCCUGUCGCGGCCUGGGAUCCCGUCACCGCGCCUUUGUAGAGAGCACCUGCUUAUAGACAACUUGUUUUUGAAUACAUAUAU